GUUCCUUUUUUUUUUUUUCUUUCUUUGACCAACCGCAUGAGAGUGGCUUAUUGGGUAUCAAAAAAAAAAAAAAAAAAAAAACACUAAAGUGACACACGAUGAUCUUUUCUCCACUAUAAUACGGAAGACAGACUCAGCUCGAUGGCCAGAGCAGAUAUCGCGAUGGAUAUUCGGCACGAGGACUCAGCAGCAGGAGGGCGCGGUGAUGAAGGCCCUCUCAUCAAGUACUACCGCGCCAGUGAAGCGCUGCCCGGCGCAGUGCCUGUCCUGCACGGCCUCCUCAGGAAGGGACCCGCCACCUGCGCGGCCGUGCAGACGUCCAGUGGGAUCCUCAGUUUUGGAAUAGGGGUCGUAUUUGCAGCAUCAUUCGGGAUAAAUAACAGUCUUCUGACCUUAUUCCGAGUGCCAAUCAUUACUGGAAUAAUGUUUGUCGUGGCUGGAAUCUUGUCUAAUCUUCUGUACAAAAGCCCCGGGCUUCUACAGACUUGCUUCAGUGCCAACAUUGUGUGUCUGGUGGUGUCUGGGAUCGGAGUGAUUCUUCUGGCUGUUGAUCUUAAGCCAGGUGGAAAUCAAAUCGAGCACAAGAUGGAGGUGCUGGUGCUGUGCGUGACUCUGAUGGACAUGAUCAUCGCUGCAGUGCUGAUUUACUGGUUUUACAGAGAGAAACGUGACCAUAAGAAGUGACGGCACCUUCUUCUGCUCAUUCAAACAUCUGGAUGGAUGUGUUUGCAAUAUUUAGCUCUGUGGCGUUUGAGCUCAUCAUUUCUCAGAAGGUUUAGCAACAAUAAUAGAAUUCAAGAACUAAAAAAAGGAGAACUUACCACAACCAAAUUCUCUUCCCUCAUGAUGCCUUUCCUGAGAUUCAAUCGUGGGAGUCUCAAAAAUAAACUGUAGAGUGACUGAAGGGAACCAGAGGUGGAGCGUAUCAGUGACGAACACAUGCCAAAUGUGGAUGAUUUGACCUUUAAUGGGACUUGUUAGUAAAUUCCAGCAAAAUACAACAGUUCUUGGGUUUUUUCAGCAUGAAUGAAGAGCUAAAGCAGUGACGCUACUUCUCACCCUCAUUACUGCUGCUUGCAGCUUUAUUUGUUUAGUGUUUGAGCGUUUUAUUACCUGUGUAGCUGCAUAUUAUUUGUCUGUACAUAUUUUCACAUUUAUACAUUGAAUUAAUGUAAUUCAAAAAAGAGUUAUUUCUGUAUCUGUUACAUAUGAUUUUGAGUUAAUAAAACACCAUCUUAAUAAAAUACAGAAUUUAAAACCGA